CGUCAAGAUACGGGUAAUCUAUAGCAUUGUGCAAAGCAUGUGCAAUCUACCUUGGGAAGGAAGGUUAGCAAACCCUUUGAAGACGAGCAGUUCUUUGUUCCUAUAAAGAUUUCUGAUUCAUGUACGGAUCCGUACGCAAAUCCGUAAUUGACCGCCAUAUGAUGCUGUGGAGCAUGCCUGGUGAGCGCUCAAUGCGGAAUGCGCACUCCCGUCCUUGAUUCCUCUGGCAGGGAUGUUGGACCUGUUGCUUUUUCCGUAUAAAGCAUCCUCCCGAAGUCAUCAUCCGUGUUCCCUCUUCCUUGUCUUACUCAGGAUCCGUCCACUUCGCCGCCAACUGCCUGCGACCAUCGCGUCGAGAUCGACUUUUGUACAUCACCAACUUCGAUGAAGGAAGCUUCGCCCGACCCAAAGUCAACAUCGCAUGGCGGCAACCAUCGCUCGUCGGGAGGACCCCAUUCCGACUCGAUUUCCUUAAGCGGCAACAAUGGCAAAGCUGACGCCUCUUCCCUCUCGGGCUAUGACAUCCCCGGCGGCGGACCCGCCACGGACCAGCCAGCCCCCGUUGCUGACCCGGACAGUAGUAGUAGUCGCCGCGGCGUCAAUGCACCGCAGGCUGCACAGCCGGGGGCUGUCGUAGAGGUCCAGGGCGGGAAGCCCGAUGAUUCCAAAAAUCAAAAGAAAUCUGUCGCGCAGCGCUUCUGGCGCACCUUCAAGAUGAUCCUGUUUAAUUCCAAGCUCAACGUGCUGCUGGUCUUCGUGCCCGUCGGCAUCGCCGUCGCCCAGCUCGAGAAUGUGUCGCCGGCCGUCAUCUUCGCCAUGAAUGCCGUCGCCAUCGUGCCGUUGGCCGGCCUCUUGAGCUUUGCAACCGAGUCGGUGGCCCACAAACUGGGCGACUCGCUCGGCGCCUUGCUAAACGUUACGUUUGGCAACGCCGUAGAGCUGAUCAUUUUCAGCAUUGCACUCGUCAAGAAUGAGAUUCGCAUCGUCCAGGCCUCGCUGCUUGGCUCUAUCCUGUCCAACCUGCUGCUCAUCCUGGGCAUGUCCUUCUUCCUCGGAGGCCUGCGCUUCCGCGAGCAGAUUUAUAACAGCACCGUUACCCAGAUGAGUGCUUGUCUGUUGAGUCUGAGCGUCAUCAGUCUGGUUCUGCCCACGGCAUUCCACGCCUCAUUCUCCAGUAAUGACCUUGCCGAUGCGCAGUCUCUCAAAAUUAGCCGGGGCACCAGUGUGAUUCUCCUGUUGGUAUACAUUGUGUACCUGUUGUUCCAACUCAUCUCGCACUCGUACCUGUACGAGUCGACACCUCAACACAUUAUCGAUGAGGAAUCAACCCCCGGCCCGGCAGCCAACUGGCUGGACUCGUCCUCGGACAGCAGCUCCUCGAGCGACUCGGAUUCGUCCGACUCGGACCGUUCGCGGGAGACCAUAUCGAAGCGGAUGAGACGGGUAAUGCGCCGUCGAAGAUCCAGCGCCGUCUCUUCCGAAGCGGCCGAAAUCGGUUCCAACACUCAUCGCACGCCCUCCGGGUCUACCAGCGAGGCAAACACCGUUAAGGAUCAUCCAGUUGUUGAACAGUCCUCGUCGCGUUCGCGCACGCACCGCCACAACGCCACUAACGACAAUGAGGAUGGUGAAGACGCUAAGGACCAUCGCCAUGGGAGGCGCCAACGGCGGCCGAAACGGAAGCAUCGCAAGCACAAGCACAGAUUGCACAUGACUUCAUCUCCUGACGGCGUAGUUGGGGGUACUGCAGGGAACGCCGAGGCAGAACCAAAUGGCCUCGGGUCCCGCAGAGUCGACUUUGCUCCCCAAACUGCCGACCAACAGCCCGGGACCAGCAGCCCCGCCAAGGGCCUGCGCGGCAUGUCUCUGUUGCCGGUCGUCAGCAGUCUGGCGCCCACCGUAUUCACCCAGCCUGCCGAGGCCAGCAUGCCUAGUGUACCUGCUGGCCCGGUGCCUCGCGUGCGUUAUGGCAUCCGCAGGACCAACUCGCUGCCGGGCCGUCUCAAUCAGUACUACCGCGCUCCCGGCGCCAUGAUGCCGUCGCAGAUACCGCUCGCCCACCGUCCCAGCGUGGCCCUUGCCGCCGAGGACGGGCACGGCGGCGCCAGCCAGUUGUCGCGCACGGCCGCCGUGAUCCUGCUUCUCGUCUCGACGGCUUUGGUGGCCGUGUGCGCCGAGUUCAUGGUCGACUCGAUCAACGGGCUCGUCGAGACGGGCGGCGUGGGCGAGACGUUUAUUGGGCUUAUUGUUUUGCCCAUCGUCGGCAACGCCGCCGAGCACGUCACGGCCAUUACGGUGGCCAUGAAGAACAAGAUGGAUCUGACCAUUGGUGUCGCGGUCGGCAGCUCCAUCCAGAUUGCGCUGUUCAUCACGCCGCUUGUGGUGAUUAUUGGCUGGGCGAUGGACCGCGGCAUGACGCUGUACUUCACGCUGUUUGAGACGGUGUGUUUGUUUGUGUCGGCAUUUAUCACCAACUUCUUGGUGCUCGAUGGGCGGAGCAACUACCUUGAGGGUGCGCUGCUGAUGGCGACGUAUGUCAUUAUUGCUGUGGUGGCCUUUUACUACCCAGAUGUCAAGGAUGCCAGCGCGUUGGGAGCGUAGUUGGAGGGGUUGAGGUGUUGUCGAUGCAGUGGCACACUGCUGGUACCUAUCAGAGGAACCUGAGGGGUUAGAAAAGGGGCAACCCGGAGGUUGAGCAACCUCUUAAGGAGUUGAGGUGUCGCUGAGGCACUGGCUUAGUACCUACCGGGUGGACGGCCGGGCAAGGGUUAAAGCGAGAGCUUGAAUAACCUCUUGAGAGUUAGCAGAUGAAUGCCUGGUGACGUCUAGAUUGGUGGAUGAGUAUGUAUCUACAGUGCUGUUGGUGGGCGAUAACGCUACAAAUAAAUGCCUGCGAUGGAUGGCCUUUCGGACAAGAUGAUAUUUGUCUAGUCACGAAGUGACAGUCAAUACAUCGGAGCUGAUCCGUCCUGUGCCACGCCUUAAUACCUUUCUCG